UGUUCGGUCGGCUUUGGGUGUCAGCCGCCCCGUAUUUUGUGUAAUAUUUAUAGAAAUAACCAGUGCAAUUGUUUUAUAUGUGAAUAGAAAAUGGUCUAAUAGCCGUGCGAUGUGUUUUAUAUCGCGCAACCCAGAGAAUUGAACGUAAAAAGCUAUACAAUCCGCCAUGACAAUGCUUCGUAUUGUCGGGAGCAAUCCUGGGUUAUUGCCCAUAUAUUUCCUGUGUAUUACGUUGUUUUAUCCAAUUUUAGCCCAAGAACGUGUGGAAAUUUACGAGUUGGUGGUCACGAAGAGCGAACUGGACGGCAAUGCGACCCUCAAUUGCAGCGCCAUGCCUCCCGCCGAGCUAUCCUGGUUCUUCAACGGCAAACCUCUCAAUGCUUCUGAUCGGAUACAAGUAAAGAACACGACAAAGAAGAUAAUGGUGGAUUCUGAACUAAAGGAGUCUUCAAUAUUCUUCACGAAGACCACACGUGGAGACGCCGGCAAUUACACGUGCGUCGCCAGUUACGGGGACCAGAACGACUCAAAGACUGCUACCCUGGAUUUGUCGUACCCUGGUAGCUUCGUGGCCACGAAGACGAGAUACGAAGUCAACUCCACUUCUGACGACCACGGGCAUGAUGUCACGCUGAAAUGUGUUUUUGACAUGUACUCCGAUCCGGGAGAAGUGAUAUGGAUACAACCAGACAAGGAAACGACAACACGCAACGCCACUCGCUCCAAACACAAUGACAGACAUGUCGAAAGCACUUACGAUAUAAACAAAGUAGCUUACAAAGACAACGGCAUCCAUCAAUGCAUUGCGUUCGAUACUGCUACUUCCAAGAACGUCACUGGAGAAAUCAACUUGGUCGUCUACACUGACCCCAGCGUGAAACACCUCGAGGUGAUCGGUAUAAGCAGAACACAGCUCUACGUAAACUGGACAAUAGACCCCGGCAACUCGAAGAUCGUCAGGUACUACCUAGCUUACUCGAAGCUGAAUGAAAACGGGUUUCAAUUCACCGGUGACCAGAUCGAAACCAACAGUACUUCCUAUGUGAUCAACAAGCUCAAUGCGUCGACGACUUACCAAGUGAAGUUGGAAGUGAAGACCAUUCAUGGGCGGACGCAAGCGCCGAUCACAAACGGAACGACUUUGGAAAAAGAUCCAGUGUUUGUACCCAAUAUCUCUAUAAAGGGAUUCUCUGCUACCUCAGUGACUAUCGGAUGGGAUCCCCCUAGAGAGAUUGAGAAGUACAUACACUAUUACCUGCUAGAAGCCAGGAAGAAGGAUGGCGGUGCCCCAAGGAAGGCCUACCAUUCGCGCGACUCCAGGAAUUUACCGUACAUGUUUGAUAACUUGGAGCCACACAGCACUUAUAUAUUCAAGGUCAGAGCAUGCCAGGACUUCACCAAAGAGUGCGGCAACUGGUCUGAAGAGAUGGAGGCUGCCACCCUGGACGGUAUCCCGGGUGCGCCGGCCAACGUGACGGCCAACUGCAGCGCCAGCUACGUGCUGCUGUCGUGGGCGCCGCCGAAGAACCCCAACGCGGAGAUCAAAGGAUACACGAUGGAGAUAACAGGGUCGGCAGAGUACAGGGACCGCACUGGGGUCAUGAAGAAGGACACGUGGGGACCUCUGUCCAGGUUCAAAACCAACGAGUCUACCAGUGUCAGAUUCGAUGACCUCCAACCGAACACAAACUACACGAUCAGACUGAGUGCCAUGACAAGGACGAGGCGCAGAGGCGAAGAGGUGGUGAGGCAUUGCCAUACUAAGACCGCGCCGCCCGACGCACCGCCGCGACCCAGGUGGAGGAAGAUACUAGACAAAGACAGAUAUAUGUUCAAAAUGUUCCUGCCAAAAGUGUCUGAAAGAAACGGAGGUAUAUGCUGCUACAGAGUCUACAUGGUGCGUUUACUCCCAAACAUGGACGUAAAGGAUCUCAAGAAUCAAGCCAUGCUGGACGUGAUAGACUAUGAGGAGGCCCACGCAGCGCAACCCGUGCUUGGCGCUUACAUUGCUGAUAUAUUCACCAACGACAAUUUCCCUGCUGACAGCGAGCUGGUACUAGGCGACGACCACAGCAUAUUCAACCGAAGCGAGCCAACGUUCAACAAUCACUCGUGCAGGCGAUGUCUGAAGCGACCGCAGCGACCGGUGCCCGAGACCCCCGCUCCGAAGCUCGCCACUUCCCCCAGCACUACCACAGAAGAAUACGAAGAAGAUACCGAAGAUCCGGAGAAUACUGAGAAAGCACUUAAGAGACGCUCUAUUGAUAAUGACAGAAAUUACUACAGCAACAUGGCGAUAAUGAUGAACGCAUCAAAGAUGGUGGACGACCGCGACAUCAACAAGGUUACCGACGGCUUGUUGGACUCGUCAGCCAACUACACUGUCUUCGUCGAGUUGAUACCGUUGGUAGACGACGUGCUGGUAGAGCCGAUGUACAGUGUUUACUUGAACCAGCUGAUGCCUGCGCCCAGCCCCGUCGCGCCUGCGCCCUCCACUGCCCUGGAGUACACUUUGAAGGCUACGUGCGCGCUGGCAGCGCUGAUCCUGCUGAUCACGAUAAUAUUCUGCGUGAUGCAAACGCGGCGCUCGAGGAAGAUGCAGCCGCACGCGCACUUCGAGAUGAAUAGAUUGCAAGCUGCAUUGAGAUUCGUAUGGCCGACGCUAGGAGGUCGUCAGCAACUUGUGUCAGCCACGCCGCCAGAUAUGCCGCCGAUAGCGAAGGAAGAUUUACCCGCCGCAUAUGCAGAGAGACAUGCCGACAGCGACUAUGGGUUCCAGAAAGAGUUUGAGCUGCUACAGAUGCUAUCAGAAUGCUUCCCGGACCGCACGACGCAUGCGUCCGAAGCUCGCGAGAACCAGUCCAAGAAUCGCUACCCUGACAUCAAGGCGUACGACCAGACCAGAGUGAAGUUGUCGCAGAUCGACGGGAUCACUGGGUCGGAUUAUAUCAACGCUAACUACGUCAUGGGGUAUAAGGAACGCAAGAAAUUCAUAUGCGCGCAAGGACCAACCGAUACAACGGUCAACGACUUCUGGCGGAUGAUCUGGGAGCACGGGUUGGAGCUGAUCGUGAUGCUGACCAACCUGGAGGAGUACUCCAAGGUGAAAUGCUCCAAGUACUGGCCGGACGAAGUGCGCGGCGCCCGGGCGUUUGGCAACAUCACCGUCCAGCAUGUCAGCGAAAAACGAUACUCUGAUUACAUAGUCCGGGAACUGAAGAUAACAAAACAACCGACCAACUCGGAAGGCCAACCUAUAGUCGAGAAUAACGGCGUAGCUAAGAGGAACGGAGACAUAAAGUCGGACGGGGAAAGCGCGCCGACGUCCCCGCGCGAGGCCAAAGACACUGGCGAGAGUCGUACCGUGCGCCAGUACCACUUCCUCAUGUGGAAGGACUUCGCCGCGCCGGAAUACCCACACUCCAUACUUAAAUUCAUCAAGCGAGUGAACGAGGCGUGGUCGAGCAUGGUGGGGCGGCCCGUGGUGGUGCACUGCUCGGCGGGCGUGGGCCGCACGGGCACGCUGGUGGCGCUGGACUGCCUGCUGGAGCAGCUGCGCGCCACCGGACACGUGGCCGUCUUCAACACCAUCGCCGAGCUGCGCCGCCAGAGGAACUUCCUCGUGCAGUCGCAGAAACAGUAUGUGUUCGUGUACCUCGCGCUGGUGGAGUACGCCCACUACGGCGACACGGAGAUAUCAGCCGGCAAGCUGAAGACCAGCAUAGACCGGCUGCGGAACACACCGGAGGGCGCCGACAAGUGCCUCAUGGAGCUGGAGUUUGAGAAGCUGAUAGACCCCCCGGUGCUGGAGCCCGUGAAGUCGUGCGCGGCGGGCGCGGGCGAGGAGCUGCGUGGCAAGAACCGCAGCAGCGACACACUGCCCUACGACAGGAACCGGGUGAUGCUGCAACCCAUCCCCGGCCGGGACUACUCCACCUACAUCAACGCUUCAUUUGUUGAAGCGUACGACAACUCGGAAGGCUUCAUCAUCACACAGGACCCGCUGCCGAGCACGAUAUUCGACUUCUGGCGGAUGGUCACGGAACACGGCGUGUCCACUAUUGUUAUGUUAAGUGAGUUGGGAGAAGGCAAGUGCCCGCGGUACUGGGACGACGGCACGGCGCAGUACGAACACAUCUCUGUGCAGUAUGACGAGAGCGAGUCCUGCCCCUACUAUACGCGCCGGCAGUUCAGAGUCACCAAUAACAAGUCGGGGCAGUCGCAGGCGGUGCGGCAGCUGCAGUACCAGGGCUGGCCCACGGCGCCGGGCCACGUGCCCGAGGUGACGCGCGGCCUCGCCGACCUGGCCGACGCCGCCGCCGCCGCCACGCCGCCCCACGCCCGGCCCAUGCUCGUGCAUUGCAACCUGGGCACGGAGCGGUCGGCGCUGUUCGUGGCGCUGUGCGUGCUGAUCUGCCAGCUGCGCUGCGAGCGCCGCGUCGACGUCAGCGCCGUCGCCAGGAAGGUGCGCGCGCAGCGGCGCAGCACCAUCGACACCUUCUUACAAUACGAGUUCUUACACCGUGCCAUACUCAACUACGCGGAGCUUCACAAUCUACUGGAGGACAGUUAAACACAAGUGAAGGUAGUUUAUACGCACUAAUGUUACGUCUUAUACUCUCAACGGUAGGACUAAGUUCACGAACAAACGCCUAGACUAUAUAUCCUUGAAUUUAAAACAGUUUCACAGGUUUUAUGGGGUUUUUACGUAAUUAUAUGAUUAUUUGUAUCGUUCUAUACGUUUCUAGAAUAACUAGUUGUUAUUAUGAAUAUUCGAUAUAGUGACCAAGAAAGUGAAGUUUUUGAAUUUCGAUGAAAACUCCGAUGUUUUCUCUAUAAGGCGACGAUAUGUAACAAUGAUUUUCAUAAAUCGUCAGCUACGAAAAUAAUUUGAGUGUAAACGAAUUCAACUGCAAAAUGUAUGAUUGCGUACCAGUUUAGCCGAGCAGUUUAACUUAUAACCCCAUUAGUAGGCUCUG